AGCUGGGCCAAUGAACGGCGGCGGGAGGUGAAAUCCGGUUCUAACCGGUCCGGGGCUCCCAGCGCUAUAAAAACUUUAUAAACCCCCCCGGAGCCCAAGCAGUGUGAGGAAGAGGAGACGGGAGCGAUCCCUGGACCGGCCGCUGCCGCCGCUGCAACCCGCGCCUAGACUCCACUGCUGUCGCCGCUCCCGCCCCUCCACCGUCACCACCAUGCCCAAGAGAAAGGCUGAAGGAGAUGCUAAGGGAGACAAGACCAAGGUUAAGGACGAACCACAGAGGAGAUCGGCACGGUUAUCUGCUAAACCUGCUCCUCCGAAGCCAGAACCCAAACCCAAAAAAGCACCUGCAAAGAAGGGAGAAAAAUUACCCAAAGGGAAAAAGGGAAAGGCUGACUCCGGUAAGGAUGGGAACAACCCUGCAGAGAAUGGAGAUGCCAAAACAGACCAGGCACAGAAAGCUGAAGGUGCAGGAGAUGCCAAGUGAAUUGUGUGAAUUUUUGAUAACUGUGUACUUCUGGUGACUGUACAGUUUGAAAUACUAUUUUUUAUCAAGUUUUAUAAAAAUGCAGAAUUUUGUUUUACUUUUUUUUUAAGCUAUGUUGUUAGCACACAGAAAGCUUUGUUGUUGUUUUGGGGGGAUGGGGCAGAUGUUACAGAUAGGAUGUCUCAGAAGCUGGGUUGAAAUGGGUGGGGAUUUCUUCCCCUCCUAGUUUUUGAGAGGACUUCUCUUGAAUACCAAGAGGAGGUUCCCUGACACACACACACACACACACACACACAAGAUACAUAGCUAUGAACACUGAUACCCUCAGCCUGUCCAGUGAGGGUAGGAGUGGAUAACUUCAAAAAUUUGUACUUCUUCCCUGUCUGCCAUAAGCAUCAACUUGACUCCUCCAAACCCAGGGGCCUAUCAGGACCUGCCCGUAUUUCCCUCUUUUCCCCUACCCCCAAAUCAAUUGUGUUGGAUACCAAUCUUUCAGGUGAUCUGGACUUGAAUUAUGGCACUGACGAGGCCUCCCCAAAAGAGCCGAAGUUCCUUUCAUAUUGGGGAUCUUUUCCAAUUAAGAAUUCUGCAGUUUUCAUUUCAUUUCCUCAAAGUCAGGGUAGGCUCGUGAAAAGUUGUUAAACAACAUACGCUCAAUGUGAAAGUGUCCACCCUCACUCUAAACUUUCCCUGUUUAAAGUAUAAAAUAAAGACUCUUCAUUGGGUUUUAUAGUGACUUUAUGUUUUUGGUAGUCCAUGGAGGAGGGGAGUUUGAAAGUAGUUGUUGUUGCCGGUCGUAGCCCAUGUCCUGCCUGAAUUACCAUGAUUGUUUAUGAAAAGUAUCUUUAAUAAAGCUGGAUACAGUUUGGCUUGGA